AUGACUACGAACGUAACAGAAGAACAGUACAUUCGCACCUUGGCUCAAUACAUUCGUUCGAACGAACGGCGGAUAUUUACGCAUAGCUCUCCUCCGCCUUCAUCGGUCCUAACUGGCCACAAAAGGUCCGAUAGUGGUAGUGGCAGCUUCUCUAUGACAAACCUUUGGUCCUUCUCCACAGCGUUGACCAGUUCUUACCUGAAACAGACCAUUUCGACCUCGCCGACCGCCCCAGCCUCACCCCUAGGUUCCGCGGGCUCUCCCAAGAAUAUUUUGGUUACUCUUGAUCUUCACCACUUAUACUUUUUGCUAACACAGUUCAGCGAAUUAGGUCUAGAUGUCGGCUUUUUUGAGGUGGCUGCCGAUCCUAAAGGAGAAGAUGGAGGCACCUAUGCGAUUGACACAAACGACCCCGCGGAAACGAUGUCAGUUGCGUCCGUGAAUUCUAUCAAUUCGGUGUCAUCGGCCAUGUCUUCGUUAUCACUGUUCUCAGGGUGGCAGGGAUGGUCCAAUGCCGCUCAAAAGAACGAAAAUAUUCCAAUAAAGCAAGAAGUACAAUAUAUAUAUCGGGCAUUCACUCGGCUUUCAGGUCUUAAGCUUGCGGUCAACAUACAAAAAAGAAUUGAUGGUUCGGACAAUUGGCCCAUGAGCUCCUUGCUAUCUUUAUCCUAUUUUAAGCAAUUGACUCAUUUGGAGGUCAGUGGGAUAGCUCCGAAAAUGAUUGACGGGUGGGAUAUAUUACAAGAGAAAUUGGAAUACUUGUCGUUACAGCAAGGUUCGAUCGAUGACAUUUAUGAGCUCUUCGUGGAUGCAGUGGUCGACGGUUUAAAGAGGAGGAAGCAAAAAAACGAUAAAACAGAUUCGAAUGAUAAACAUGUUACCGAGGUUGUAGAUCAACUGGUAGAUUCCCGGAGUAAUUUAGUGGAUUACUCGCCGGAUAGUAUUUUGCCACCUAAAAUCUGGAGUCACUUAAAAACAAUAAACCUUUCGGAUAAUUCGCUCACCUUUGUUGCCAAUGAACCGCUUUCUUAUCUAACCGAGUGCGCGAGGUUGGAUCUGUCGAAUAAUCUGUUGAUCGCUGUUCCAUCCGGGCUGUCUCAAUUGUUCAAUCUUCAGUAUUUGAACCUAAGCAACAACAUGAUAGAAACGGUGACCGGAAUAUACCAAAUACUUAACAACAUUACUCGACUGGACUUGCGAAACAAUCGUAUUGAAAAUUUGUGCGGAUUAGAAAGACUUUGGUCCUUGGAAUACGUGGAUGUACGAGACAAUCGACUAAGCGAUUGGGAAGAAGCCAAGCGAAUGACAGAGUUGCCUGAAAUAAAGUAUAUUUACGUGGAGGGCAAUCUAUUCACAAAGUUCCAGACUUACCGCGAUAAUAAUGUCGACAUUAUAUUAGACGGCUCCGGUCCUUCGUAUAGCGAACGCCGUCAAUUAACAAAUAAUCGACUUGUCUCAUCUUCCUUUAACACUCCGGUGGCUAUCCAAUUCAGCGAAACUCCGCUUUCCACUAGCCCAGAGGAAGACAAACCCAUGCCAAUCCUGCGGACCAAAAAGAGCCUUAAAUUUCGCAAGCGUGUUGUCAAUUUGGACGGAGAAGACAGUGGGGCCGACACCGGUCCCGAUCUUGCCGAGGUGAAAUCGCUUAGUUCCAAGUCUGAAAAGAAAAAGAAGAAAGAUAAAUCAUCGCAGAAAGCGGAAGCCGCUCAUUCGAAGCAUCGCCUCGUCGAGGUUGAAAAGGCUGUCGCCGCCGAGAAUGAUCCGGCGCGAAUCAAGAAAAAGAGGUCGACGAAAUUUCGACAGAAUUCGGCCGAAGCAUCACCGAGGAUCAGACCAUCCUCGCCUCAUAACGAAUCUGAAGUUGAAGCUUCGGGAGAAGAUUACAGACGAAAGAUUGAGGAAUUGCGAACGGAAGGUGGUUCCGCUUGGUUGCGUGUAUUAAGCGAAAUGGAGUAUUCUAAGGGUGGAAAUGACAGAUUAAGGGAACCACCGAAGAUGAAAGUCAUAGAACCAUUAAUAAGUCGCGAACAUGCGUAA